AUGGCUGAUCAAACGUCAGUGGGUAAUGGCGCCGACAUCUCGCUGUCACCACCAGAUGCAUUGCCAACGACCUAUUCAGCACCGUCAAACCACCCGCUGGGGCAUCCUUUUUGCCAGAGUUGCCAGAGUAUGGGCUUUGAAGCUGAAUGCUCAUACCCUUCUGUGGCAUUUCCAGUUUCUGGGAACAAAAUGACCCCAAAGACUGGUGCUCCAUUCUCAGGGCCAAUUUUCAAUAAUGCCUCUGUUCUACUCGCAACGGGUGACAAAAGACCAAGAAAUGCGGACAGUCCUUCUGAGAGAACUGAAGUUGUCAAUCCUGUGAUUGAAUCACCCAUCCAAAAUGAUUCCAGCCACGCCCAGCAGACGCAAAUGCCCCAGCAGCCUCCCGCGAAGCGGCAGAAGAUAUCCGAACUUGGGUCUGGAAGCCCCGCUAGACAAUCUGCGCUAGCGCGAGGUCAGGUCACACCAUUUGGUACCGGUAUGCCCAGUGGAAGUAGACCGAUACCCCCAUCCCGUAUGCGCAGUAUCUCUCCAACUAUGCAUCAAGAUGAAACGGAGCUGCGGUGCAACUUAACCACCGAGAUCAACGUCCAGAGAAUGAAGCAUCGCAAUCUUGCAGCAGGGCCUCUACGCAACAUCAUAAAGCUUCUAAAGAAAGCCAAGAUCGAACGUCCAAGUUCUGGAUCUAUAAGCACCGAGCCUGCGGAUUCCCGAUUGGGGGAUACCCAAUUGAAUGACGAGUGGCGUGAAGAAGAUGAUCUCAUGGAAGUUGCAUUGAGCAAGUUGGAAAAGGGUGGUCGAUGCUCUCGUGCUCUUCUCAGUCGCUUUGAGAACUUCGUGUAUGGGCCAUUGAUGAGCCCAGAGGAGAAGAGGAUGCAAGAGCGCAUUAUGUGCGUUGAAGAGUGCCUGUCAAGCACAUCGGCGGAACCGACAGCCAACCAUAACUCUCUGUUCCUCCAUCGCCUAGGCAAAAUCACGUCUCAUCCUGAUGCCUAUGGCCUCGACGAGAAAGACACACGUAUUGGAUUUCUCCGUAACCAUCUCCUUACAGCUAUAUCGACCAGUUCCAAGCUGAGUCGUGCGAACUGUAGGAAAUUUGCGGAGCUUUUAGACCCUGCCGGAGAUAUCGCCAAUACCAACUUGGACAGUCCAGGCAUCAAAGCAGAAACUUCGACCUCAACAAGGAAGGAGCCACCCAAACCCACCUCCCCACGCGUGCCUUCCUCGUACACGCCAGGAUCACCAUCGCGGCCAACUCGUAAACAAACCCCCCCGCCUCUCUCGGUCUUCUUCACCAACCCAUCUUUCUCCUUUCUCCUCUCUUCAUCCAUCAACUCAUCCUCCUCUUUCACCUUCUCAUCAUCCAUCUUUAUCCAUAUCAAGAAAGAGAUUGUGCCUAGGAGCCAGUCGUCGCAAUCCAGCGACACUGCUGCGUCGCCUACCAUGCAGUCCGGGUCCAAGAAACGUCCCGCCUCUGGCAGUCAGUCUAACAACACCAUUGCCCCAUCUCCAAAGAGGACUGCUUCUGGCACCCAGUCGUCCAACUCCAACGACUUCACCCCUCAGACUCCUAAGGAGGCUGCUUCUGGCACCCAGUUGUCCAACUACAACGAUGCUCUUGCCCCCAUUCUAAAGAGUGCUGCUUCUAGUAGCAAACCACUCGCCUCUGAAAUCCCGAAGAUGCUCUGGAAGAUUUUCCUUGUCAAGCAUGUUCAUUUACUGCCUGUUCUUGAUCUCGACGAAUUGAAAAUGGCCUUUGCCAUGGCUGUGAACCAUGGCAAGCUGACACCCAAACUGAUUGAUCCGAUUCUCGGCUUUUGUCUUGCAGUCGCCUGUCAUCUCACUCGUGAAAGGAGCCUUUGGGAAGGCCAAAAAUGGAACGAUGCCGCUGUUUCCAAACUUAGGGCCGAAGAAAACACCCCAUCGCUUCAAUACUUCUACCGACGGAUCCUUCAAAUCGAGUAUCUCCACAUGGUUGGGGAUCUGAAAAAGAGCCGGAACAUCCUAUCUCUGGCUAUUGACGAAGCGGAAUCGCUUGAGAUGCACACGAUGUAUGGUGGUCGCCUUGUCGUCGACAAACAAUCGCUGGAACAGGUCAGGGUUACAUGGCAGUAUUUAUGGAUGAAGAAACUGUUUCUCGCCCUUCAGUUUGGUGUUGUCAAUCAGUGUCUGGAUGUUUUUCACAUUUCACCAAUGCCGAUGCAGUCGUACAUGGAGACUACUAUUGGAUCAUCUGGCGAGAGAAAAUCACUCAUGGCAUCCUGUUUCUUCAUUGCUUGUGCAUCGCUUUUGAAGCACACCGAUGACCUGAUCACUGUUGAAAACAAUCUACGUGUGACUCGCAUGGAAUGCCCCAUUAAAUGGUUUUCCGUCGUCGACCUAGGUCCAUUUCAGGAUCUGAACGAAAGUUUGUCUAGCUGGUACAACGGUCUACCAAAAUGUCUGGAAUGGAAAGGAGCUAACAUCGAAUUUGCCACCGAGAAAAACCCUAGCAUGUGCCGCAUGUCUCUUCUCGCUCAUCUACGCUAUGUUUACUUCCGACUUCGUCAGCACCGGCCAUUCUUGAUACUAGCCUUGCGAUUUUCCAAUGCGUGUGCCUGUGAAAAGACUCCUCAUAUCACUGGCAAAGAAAUGGACUCGGUGAACUCGUCUGUUCUUCUCGCUAUGGUGUACCAUGGCGCAAUCAAAUGUCUUGUCGCUUCGCAGGACAUUGUGGAAACGCUUUCUGCCUCCUUUCAAAAGGAAGAUGAUGACCAUGCUAAGUGUGAAAUGCUGGAAUACCUCUACGCUGCUGGCCUUGUUCUGAUUGCGGCCACGAACAUCCCGUGUCUCAAAGACGGAACCCAACAUCUUGCAUCCCCAACAGCUCCAGUCGAGAGAUCUAUGACCCUGAUGGCGAAGGAUAUCCGUCAGAUUGACAUUUUGUUACGCCAUUAUCAGGAAAAGUGCGAGCAGGCACCAAUGCUCAAGCAGCGCAUCGAGCGGUGCCGCAAUGUCCUCGGUCUCGUAAGGCUACAAUCUGUAUCUGGGGAUGGCGUUCUUUGUGACCGCGACCUCACUUUUCGGCGCGAUGUAUGGUGCCGUAUCUACACUCGAUUGGGAAUUGACAUUCCCUUUGAGAGGCUUACUAAGGGGCGACCAAUCAACGAUAAGAUAUCGGGUCGUAGAAUGACGUUUGGCUGGCUUGAGAGCCUACCCUGCGAUAUGGAUGGCGCGGAGUAA